GGUCCCAUCACAAUUGAGACGCAGCAUUCGGUGACCUAUUCAAUUCCAUCCCCGCGGUACUUGGUGUUCUUCUGUAAAAAUACAUUCAUCCACUUUUCUGUGACUUUCACUUUUUGCUAGACAGCCGGCAGUAGUUUCCUUCUUCAAGACCCCUUGCCUCUUUGUAUCUUUUUAUCCCUUGUUUCGCCUGAAGUCUGACAUCUGGCAUAAACGUCAUUCAUUGUCACCUACCUACCUUACCUACCCACAUACUUGCGAACCGUUUCCUCCAACAAACAAAAAGGACACACAUCACGCCGAACGAGUUGAAACUUUGCGACGAAACGAUAUAUCACACAAAACCCGAGCCGUAUUUCUUCGUAAAUCCGCAUCGAACAUCGCAUCUAGACUGCACAAAUACCUCGGGCGACGAACAAGCUUCCGUUCACUCCAGGCCCGACCAUCCCGGACGAAUAUCCGAUCAGCCUCGCACAUUUCGGGGACAGUUCUGCCAAGAUGGCCGUCGCGUCGGUCCAAGACCGGACCGCCGAGUUCAAAUCGGUGUUGGCCCAGGCCCAGAAGCGACAAGCAAACGCGAAAGCAAGCGCGCAACGGCGCUCCCUUCUGACCGAUGCGCAAAAGGCAGACGCGAACGGCGCGCCACCCAGGAGGUCCGAGUUUGCGCGCAGGGCUGCAGAGAUUGGCCGCGGAAUAGCAGCGACCAUGGGGAAACUGGAGAAAUUAGCGCAGCUGGCCAAGAGGAAGACGCUGUUCGACGACAGGCCGGUCGAGAUCAACGAGCUCACGUUCAUAAUCAAGCAAGACCUGUCAUCGCUCAAUCAGCAGAUCUCGGGACUGCAGCAGCUGUCAAGGCAACAACACCCCAAGGCCGAUCAGGAAGGCGAGCACAACAAGAACGUCGUCUUCCUGCUGCAAGGGAAGCUGACCGAUGUGUCGGCCAACUUCAAGGACGUGCUCGAGGUGCGGACCAAGAACAUCCAGGCAUCAAGAUCGCGCACAGAAAACUUCAUCUCCUCAGUCUCUCAGCAUGCGCAACAACCAGUGCUGCAAUCCUCAGCUAGCCCGCUCUACGGCACGCCAAAUAGGGGAACACCGUCGCCGGGCGUGGAUUUGUUGACGCUCAACCCGCCGGGCGGGAAGGGCAUGGGAGGUGGACCGGUCGGCGACGAGCAGCUCAUGCUGAUGGAGGAGGCGCAGCCACAAAACGCCUACAUCCAGCAGCGAGGCGAGGCCAUCGAGGCCAUCGAAAAGACCAUUGCCGAGCUUGGUGGCAUAUUUGGGCAGCUGGCCGGUAUGGUUUCUGAACAGAGCGAGAUGAUCCAAAGGAUAGACGCCAACACAGAAGAUGUGGUUGACAACGUCGAGGGCGCGCAACGCGAGCUGCUGAAAUAUUGGAGCCGCGUUUCGGGUAACCGCAUGUUGAUAGCCAAGAUGUUUGGCGUGCUAAUGAUAUUCUUUCUAUUAUGGGUUCUCAUUGCGGGAUAGGGAUAUGUUUAAACAAGCUAAAUUCGAGCGUAACAAGAGCGGCACUAUCAUGCUUUUUUGGAUCGUCGUGAGGGCGACGGCGACAAGUUUUUUUUUCUUUCCCCAUAUUACCUUCGCAAAACCUGGGGUUUGUAACACUAUCUUAUUUAUUGCAUCUUCGUCGUCUUCGCACCUGGCCCGAAGGACACCGGGUACAACCACUUCACAUAGAAAGGCCGCAUUUUCCUUUUUACCAACUCUUUCAAUUUGUAUACCAUUUCUCUAAAGUACCUACGAAAAAGGCCUUUUGGUCGAGCAUGCUAUUGCGUGUUAUCCACAUCGUCCCAAAGUUUUGUC